AUGGAGAGAGGACUGCUCUGCCAUUUUUUCAUGCUGGAGACUCACGGCUGCGAGAACGGGGCCUUCAUGGGUUCCUUCGGCAUCUUCCUGCAGGGGCUCCUGGGCGUCGUGGCCUUCAGCACCCUCAUGCUAAAACGCUUCAGAGAACCAAAGCAUGAAAGACGUCCUUGGAGGAUAUGGUUUUUAGAUACUUCCAAGCAAGCCAUAGGGAUGUUGUUCAUCCACUUUGCAAAUGUGUAUCUGUCAGACCUUACAGAAGAAGACCCCUGUUCACUGUACCUUAUAAACUUCUUGUUAGAUGCCACGCUAGGGAUGCUGUUAAUCUACGCUGGGAUUCGGGCAGUCAGCAGCAUCGUGGAGUGGCAACAGUGGGAGUCCCUUCGCUUUGGUGAAUAUGGUGACCCGCUGAAGUGCAGUGCAUGGAUGGGCCAGUGUGGUCUGUACAUAAUUAUCAUGAUGUUUGAGAAAACUGUCAUCAUUAUAGUGCUUCUAAUACCUCAGUGGAAAGAGGUAGCUUUAUUGAAUCCUAUAGAGAAUCCCCAGUUGGAGCUGGCUAUCGUCAUGCUGAUAGUUCCCUUCUUUGUUAAUGCAUUGAUGUUCUGGGUAGUAGAUAACUUUCUUAUGAAGAAAGGGAAGACAAAAGCUAAACUUGAAGAAAAGGAAGCAGGACAAGAUUCAAGAAAUGGAAGCAAAGUCCGAUACAGAAGAGCAGCAUCACAUGAGGAAUCAGAGUCAGAAAUCCUCAUUUCGGCAGACGAUGAGAUGGAGGAAUCUGACGCUGAAGAGGACCUGCGCAGACUGACCAACCUAAAGCCCAUUAAGAAAAAGAAGCAUCGUUUUGGUCUCAUUCCUUUCCACUGUGUGGCCGUUAAGGCAACCAAAAUGCCCCCUGACUUCAGGUGUCCCCUGACGAAAAGGGACAUUUUACCAAGCCCAAUAUUAACCAAAAUGCAGAGCUCAAGAAAAGCCUGGGGAACAUUUUCUAGCACUGCAGCAGUCAGCGUUCCUGUUAAAAGGCAUCUGGAGGUGCUCUAUAUAAGCCCAGGAAAACAACAGGCGCAGAGGACAGUGGAACGAAGCCGGGGAACAUCCCGUGGGAAGGAUUACGGAAACGCUGCCGUUAUGUCACAGUAGCCCACCCCUGUGAAGAAGAAGCGUCCUCCAGUGAAGGAAGAAGAUCUCAAAGGAGCCAGGGGAAACCUUUCCAAAAAUCAGGAAAUUAAAUCCAAAACCUACCAAGUCAUGAAGCAGUGCGAGCAAAUGGGCUCAGCAGCACCUUCCAUAUUCAGCCGAGAUCGGACCGGGGGUGAAACAGUCUUUGAGAAGCCCAAAGAAGAGCCGGCCAAGAGCGUCCUGGGCUGACAGCGGAGUCGGA